UAUGCCGUAAACAAUUGUAAUAGUUUGUUUUUGGUUUGAGUUCUGUUUAUUUUCUCAACGUGUUUUGUUUUGUUUUUGCUAAGCUAUUUUUGUUUUUGUUUAAACAUGCGACCGUUUAUUGUGAUUAGGCAGUACGAGAGUGCAGAUACGAUAACACGCAAGGAUUUAAUUAAACAAUAUGCAAUGUCGUUUGCCUUUGAUGCCUUCACAUCAUGUUUAUUUCGUGAGGUAUUUAUACAGCUCAUUGUGAUAGUGGCAGCAGUGAUGUUCAUUUUCUUCGGUUUGCCGUUGACGAUUUGUCUCUCGUCCAUACCACUUGUUGUUAUUUUUAUCUAUAUUUCGGUUUACGGAGCUUACUUCGCCAAGGCGUUCGAGCUAUCAAAUGAUCCGAUAACGACUUGUUGGGUGGCAGAAGCAUAUGAACCAUACCUAAUGGCACUCUCCUUGAACGCCGAUUCACUUGACUACGAUGUUGUUCAUGAGAGUCGUUUGCAUUCAACCGAUUUCGAAGUGAACCGCAUGAAACGGACAAUAGUGGCGACAAUUUCAAUUGAAGAGCAUCGUUCGUUGCCCAAUGCUGGGUGGCUAAGCCAUUUUGCAAUCACAUCAAAAGUCAAUUCUGACAAAGUCGCCGAACCUUUAAUACAUCGCGCUCUCAAGCAUGCAAUCGAUCUUCAGUGGAGUUCAGUCGAAAUGGUGACGACGGAGUGUCAAUCUCAGUUACGCGAAUUAUUGCUCAAAAUUGGCUUUGAUAUAAAACAAGUUUAUCACCAAUACAUUCUAGCCAAUAACAAUUUCCGAAUUAUGAAAUCACAAAUGGGUGUCGAUUUGACAACAUGGACUAAAUCAAAAAAUAAAUGAAUCUUAGGAUAAAAUUGCAUUUUUAGACUAGUAUUUUUUUUAGACCGCUAUUGGUUUCUUUUUUUGUAUAGAAAAUGGAAAUAUUUUUGUUUUCAUAAAUAAAAGACAAUUU